UUUUAUAAAAUUUAGUGUGAUAUUUGUAUGCAUGCGCGGUCACACUGAACUUAAAUGAUAAAUAUUUGUUUUUAAAGUGUUUUGGAACCGAAGGUUAAUAAUUUAGCCACAUGACAUCCAUUGCGGGAGGCCACGGUGAGGCGAAUCCGAAUAGCUCCUGGCUGAGUGCCCGCGGAUUUUGGCUAGCAUACUUUCUGGGCCUGCUGUCUGUGCACCUGCUCUUCUUAUCAGUGCCCUUCGUCAGCAUUCCGUGGGCCUGGACAGCCACCAAUCUUCUUCACAAUGCAGCCCACCUGUACUUCCUGCACGUCAUCAAGGGCGCUCCCUGGCUGAGCACCGAGAACGAUCCUAGCCGGCGUUGGACACACUGGGAACAGAUUGAUGACGGGGUGCAGAUGACUACGACCCGCAAGUUCCUCACCGCUGUUCCCAUUGUUCUUUUCCUACUUACCUGCCUGUACACCCGAAACAACACGGAACACUUUAUUGCAAACUUUAUAUCCCUGGUGGUCGUCACGCUUCCCAAGCUGCCGCAGUUCCAUGGCGUGCGGCUGUUUAACAUAAAUAAGUACUAGCCCCGGUGACACCCGGACUGCAUUUAUUUUGUUUAAUGAAAAUGUACAUAAAAACUUAAAUUACUGGCACAGCUAUUGCUCACAAAUGUAAAUAUUGGUAAAUAAAAUAAUUAUCAAAUUAAAUAUG